UAGUUUUUUUUGGCCACACUUUACAACAAUAACAACACAUUUUGCAACAGUUUUUUAGUUUUAUUUGUGAUAUUUUUAUAAAAUAAUUUUGUUUUUAUUUACCUGUAUUUUGAUAUUUAUUAGUAAUAAUAAUAAUAAUAACAAUACUUUAUUUGGAUAUUUAAUAUUUAAUGUGAUUAUUAUUAUUAUUAUUAACUAACAUUAAAAGUGAUGGCCAAUACUGCGACAAAUCUAUUGAUAAUAACAUUAAUUAAUUAUUAUUUAAUUUGUCAAACAAACACAUCUAAUGUUUUGGAUUUUUGGGAGUUUUCGGACAAUGAGUUGAACUCAAAUCUAAAAUACCAUACAAUUGUUAGAAGAAAUAGCGAUGACUUAGAUAUCAAAUUGAAGAAAACAUCGCCGACUAAGAAGCCGACAAUUGUGGCCAAAUUGGACGUAACACAGAAAAACAUAUCCACCAAACAAACCAUUACUAAUAAUAAUACUAAUAAUAAUAAGACAACUGUCAAAGAGACUGUAAUAUUGCCUAAUAUUACCGUUACAUAUGUCGAUGUCGACGAUGACAACAACACUAAUAUUACCACUUCGACAGAAUUACCAGAAACUCAGAAAUGGAAUGAGACUCAAUACGAGAAUCACACGUAUUAUAGUUCAACCUUUUAUCCGGAAUCUCAAAAUGCAAUGCAUUUAUGGGUCAACAUAUCGACAUUUCCCCGACACCAGACCGUCGUCCACGACAUGCUAUCCAAUUCCCAUCGACGGGCCGCUACUGUUACCCUACCGUUUGAGUUUAACUUCUACGGCCAUCGGUUGACCAAUGUUACCAUAGCCACUGGCGGCUUUCUCUAUCUGGGCGAUCAUGUGCACAGUUGGCUGGCAGCCACCCAAUAUAUUGCGGCAAUUAUGGCCAACUUCGAUACCAGUCUAAGCAAUUCGUCAACUAUACAGUACGCCUACAAUGAAACAGCUUUUGUCGUCCAAUGGGAAGACGUUAUGCUUCACGAUCGCAAUCCCGACGGACUGUUUUCGUUUCAAAUAAUUUUAUUCAAAAACGGUGACAUCGCUUUCGUCUACAAAUCAGUGCCUGUAGUCAUCAAAGAUCUGUCCGAUUCAAAACAUCCCGUAAAAGUUGGCAUUUCAGACGCUUAUAUCAUCGAUAGGACUAUAUUUUUUAUCCGUCGCAAAACUAUCUAUGAAUAUCACAGAGUAGAUCUCAAAGACUACGCCAUAAGCAAUAACACUGCCAUAUAUUUUAAGGCAUUACCGACCUGUGCAUCGUUGCAAACAUGCGGCGAUUGUGUGUCGGCAGCAAUCGGUUUUCACUGCGGUUGGUGUGACUCAAUUAACCGCUGCUCCGAUGGUUACGACCGUCACCGACAGGAAUGGAUUGUCAAAAACUGUGAGUCAGCUAUUAAAGAGGGAACAGUUUCCUGUGCUCCCAAUACUACAGCCACAAGUCUACUAUCAAAUAUGACGACACACCCGUUUAGUAGACAAACAAUCAUAUCUUCAGACGACAAUAAUAAAAUCGAUAUGCAUGAUGGUUCACUCAACUCGAAAACUGAUUAUCUAUCUGAUACAUCGCCCGCACCAUCAUCAUCGAGCAGUUCCAGUGCCGGUCUAGUAUCUGUACUCGUAAUAUUGGCAUUUUUCUCUGGUAUUUCACUAUGGGUUUUCUAUGCCUAUAAAAAUCCUCAAUCAUCGUCGGGUCAAAUGUUGAUCCGUUAUCGACCGUCACAGUGGCGUUGGGCUAGUAGUGAGGCCCGUUAUACCGCCGCUUCUAUACAUAUGUAAAAGUGUUAAGUGAUAUAUAUUACUGUAUUUUGUAUAAGUACUGUAUAUGAUGUGCUCUCCAAAAUUUUCAGCUUUAUAUUUUUUAAUCAUUAUUAUUACUAUUAUUAUUAUUAAGCUAAUAAUUGUACAGUUAUAACACACGAUAAUAACUCAUAAAGAUUUUUAGCUAGUUUUUUGUGCUUAACUUAUAGUUUUAAUACUAAUUUUUUAAAAUUAUAAAAUGAUAACUAAUCAAUGGUUAGAAAUAUAUAUAUAUAACUGAAUCUCUAUUUUUAACACAAUAA